AUGAGUGAAAAAAUAAUUCACAGUUUCGAAGGUAUUUGUCCAUUAACACAUUAUGGAAUAUAUGGCAUUAAGAAAAAUUUUAAUAUGCCAAAUUUUCCUUGUUCUGAUAAAACAGAACAUAUCUCACUUAAAAAACAUCUUAUGUAUAAACAUAAUCUAUCUAAUACUGCUGCAAAUAAAAUCGUACUCGAUCGUAUGAAUACAAUAAAUGUAAAUCGUAAAAGAAAAUCUCUAUUAACAUUUAAUAGUACACAAGAAUUAUUUUCACAUUCAGUUCAUUGGCAUAAAGGUCAAUGUCCAUUUUCAUAUGGUUUUAAUAAUGUUUAUAAUUUAACAUGUGUAAAUCAUAAUAUAAAAAAUUUUGAUUGUCGUCAUAGAAAACAAUGUUUAUUAUUAUCACAUUUACGUGUAUCACAUAAUUUAAAUAUAAAAUCAGCUAAAAAAAUUGUUAAAGCAAUUAUGUCAUCAUCAAUUGAAAGUAAACAAAAAUCAUCUAUUGAAAAUGAUAUUCGAGAAAUAAUUUUAUUUCAAAAAGAUGAUAUUGUAACAAAUACAAAUCCAAAUAUUUAUAAUGAUGAUCGAAGAUUUCGACAUUAUUGUCCAUUAACAAAAAAUGAAUUUAUUCAUGAGCAACCAUUAUUUAAUAUACCUUGUACUAAAAUAAAUGAAAAAUUUCUUCUAUUCGCACAUCUUCAACAUUAUCAUCAAAUGAGUGGUGAACGUGCUCUUCGUCUAAUUCGAGCCAUUCGUACUGGUACUGAAUCAACAGUAAUCAAUGAUUUAUUUCAAAACAAUACCAAUAAUCAAUCCACCUCUUCAACAAUAUCAACUAAUUCUUCAAAAUCAAAGGCUACAACAGUAGCCGAUGAAAUUGAUAUUGUUCCUUAUAAAUGUACAUGUCCUUAUUCAAAUAGUUCAAAUGAUGGUAAUUCAAAUAUGUUAGAAAAUCAUUUAAAAAAAUUAACAAAAUUUGUUAAAAAUACUCCAUGUGAUCGUCCUUGUCCAGUUAAUCUUUAUCGACAUCUUCGAAAUUAUCAUAAAGUUGAUUUACAACAUGCCAAAGAUAUCACACGAACAAUUAUGUUAUGUAAAACAGUAAAAUCUGAUGUUUUAAAACAAGGCAAUAUAAAUGAAGUUGCAACAUCAGUUAAAAAACGGAUGAAAUUACCAAAAUCAACAAAUGAUAGUGAAACCACAAUACCUUUAGUUCAUGUGGAUUUGAAUAGUGCCAAAUCUGAAGGAAAAAAUGAAGCAAUUGAUUUUUUAAUUGGAAACGAAAACCCGGAUGAAUGGGAUCCAUCAAUGAUUUAUGAUAGUGAAUCACUUUUUCUUUCAUUUGACGAAGAAAGAAUAUGUGAUAGUGACAUCGAAGGAAACAUUUAA